AUGACACAGUUUUUGCCACCGAAUCUGUUGGCUUUGUUCGCCGCCCGAGACCCUAUUCCCUAUUAUCCGCCUGUCGACAAACUCAGUCAUGAAAAGAAGAGAGUGCCCUACACUGGAGUUGCGCAGUUCUUCAAGGAAUUCGAGAAUCCAAAAGAUACUCCUCCACCAACAAGAAUUGAAACAAAAGAAGAAAGAAAAGAGAGAAAGCGUAAGGAACGAGCUGAACAAAUUGCCUACAAACUUGAACAAGAUCUAGCUUUAUGGGAUCCUCACAAUAAUUCAGACAAUACAUCUGAUCCUUAUAAAACUUUGUUUGUUGCCAGAAUUAAUUAUGACACAAGUGAAUCGAAGCUACGUCGAGAAUUUGAAGUUUUUGGUCCCAUCAGAAGGAUUCGGAUGAUUAAUGACAACAAGAGUGGAAAGAUGCGUGGAUAUGCCUUCAUUGAAUAUGAACAUGAAAGAGAUAUGCACUCUGCCUACAAACAUGCUGAUGGACGCAAAAUUGAUGGGCGAAGAGUUUUAGUUGAUGUUGAAAGAGGACGCACUGUGAAAGGGUGGAGACCACGGCGUUUGGGUGGUGGGCUUGGGGGAACAAGAAAAGGUGGACCUGAAGAGAACACAAGGUUUUCUGGUCGUGAUGAGUUCAAUCCUGGCAGAGAUGGUUACCGUGAUGAACGGGCUGGUGGCCGUGAGCGUUCGCGGAGUCGUGAAAGGGAACGUGUUGGUGCAGGAGGUGCUGGUGGGCCAAGUCGUCGAGCCAGGAGCCGAAGCAGAGAGAGGAGAAGAAGUAGAAGUCGUGAAAGAGGAGGUCGUGCACGUAGCCGUAGCCGAAGCAGAGAGAGAAGAAGAAGCAGAGACAGAGAAGAGAAACUUUCAGAAGGUGAAGAAGAAGUCCGUGUGAAAGAUCGUAAGCGUCGCCGCAGCCGAUCACGUGAGCGCAGACGGAGUAGAUCAAGGGAACGCAAAGGUAGAGGCAGUAGGCGAAGCCGCAGCAGAGAACGCAGACGUUCCCGUGAGCGUGGCAGAGCUGGAGAAAAACUUGAACCAAAUGCUGGGGAUGUUCCCCCACCUCCAAUUCCCAACUAUGAUGAUGAGGCUAUUAUGCCUAGAGAAAUCAAACAAGAACCUAUAGAUCCUGGCUAUGACAUGCAUCCAAGCUAUCCAAUGAUGGGACCAAUGGUAGGUCCUGGUGAUCAUAGUAUGCAUUAUGGCAUGCCUAAUGGUAGCCAGCCACCACAACAGUCACUUCCUCCACAGGAUCAGCAGAAAAUUGAAGAUGGAUAUGAUGAUUAUCAAGACAACUAA